AUGGGGGAAGUGAAUAUCUGGAACGCCGUCCAAGUAGCAGAGAUUCACAGCUCCGAGAUUCCGUCAUCUCCUCUCACCGUCGAUAACUCCCUCCCACUUCCCGACAUGAAGCCUUGCAUCGUGAGGUUAUGCAAGGAUCUGUUCAAGCAAUGGUCAAAUUUGGAUGAUUCUGAUUUCUCUCUCGAGACUGUGUCUGGUGGCAUCACAAAUCUAUUACUGAAGGUAUCCGUGAGAGAAGAAAAAAGGAACAUUGUAAAUUUGACAGUUAGAUUAUAUGGACCAAAUACUGAAUAUGUAAUCAACCGUGAAAGAGAGCUGCAGGCUAUUCCAUACCUUUCAGCUGCUGGAUUUGGUGCCAAGUUGCUUGGAGUUUUUGGUAAUGGCAUGGUGCAGUCAUUCAUUAAUGCACGUACCCUUACUCCAUCAGGUAAGCAUCUUGAAGAUGAAAUUUGUAGUAAAGCGGCCAAAACAUAA